AUGAGCAUCGAUCACAAGCACAGCUUUGGAACACCGCUUACAAACAGUGAACGGCUCGGUAUUAUGAUUCACACGUCAAAUACCGAUCGUUCAAAGUGGGGGACUGGGUUCUGCGUAAAGUCUCUUCAACAACGAGAAGCCCUAUCGAAGGCACUCUCGGCUCCUCAUGGGAAGGACCCUAUGAAGUUGUCAGCAUUUGCCGACCUGAUACCUACCGAUUACAUGGCUCUGAUGGUCAAACCCUCGACCACCCUUGGAAUGUUGAUCAUUUAA